AUGAUUAAAUUCUCUAAACGACAAUUUAUUCAAGAAUCAAUAGAAAAUAAUCAAGGAAAUCCUAAGGGAAUUUGGAAAGUGCUAAAAUCGUUAAGUGGGAAGAAAAAUAAUCCAAUAACAAUAGAUGAAUUAAAGGUCAAUGAUGUGGUAGUAAAAGAUAAAGCCGAAAUCGUUGAAGCAAUGAAUGACGCUUUUAUUAAUAUUGCCUCUAGAAUCAGUCAAGUGAAUCAAAAUAAUGCCGAAUUUGAUGGGGAAAAAUUAGUCGAAUUUGUAAAGCUAAAGAUUGGUAAGGAUUGUUUUGAAAUACCACCGAUUACGUCAACACAGGUACUGGCUGCAUUGAAUAGCAUGCCAACUAACAAAUCCACUGGCUGUGAUGGCCUAAGUGCUAGAAUAGUAAAGUUAGCAGCACCGGUAUUGACUCAACCUUUUUGCCGCCUUAUGAAUUACUCCAUAUCAUCGGGUACUUUUCCUAUCAAAUGGAAAACCAAGAAAGUAACAGCCCUACAUAAAAGUGGAUCUCGUGAUGCAGAUAAUCACCGUCCGAUUUCGAUACUUCCUGUUAUCUCUAAAGUGCUUGAAAAACAUGUGGCCACAUCGUUCUACAAGUACCUCCAAGAUCAUAACCUUCUCUAUAAAUUCCAGUCAGGUUUUCGUGCUAACCACUCGACAGAGACAGCAUUAAUAAACCUU